UUCUGGUUUCAGCUGACACUGAAGAUGUGUGCAUUGUACAAAGAUUGUUCUCCAGCAGCUUAGUGGCCAUCGUUAGGCUCAAAGCUCUCAGGAAGCUGAAGGUUUGCUACUUUAAGAAGAGGACUGGGAUCUGUAAUUAUAGCUACUCCAACAUGAUUCUGGCCGUGAAACUGAACAGGCAGAGGCUCAUUGUGUGCCUGGAGGAGUCUCUCUACAUACACAACAUUCGGGACAUGAAGGUACUUCACACCAUCAGGGAGACCCCCCCAAACCCUGCAGGCUUGUGUGCCCUCUCAAUAAGCAAUGACAACUGCUACUUGGCGCACCCAGGGAGUGCCACCAUCGGAGAAGUGCAGGUCUUUAACAUCAUUAACUUGAGAGCUGCAAACAUGAUCCCAGCCCACGAUAGUCCUUUAGCGGCGCUGGCUUUUGAUGCAAGUGGAACCAAACUUGCCACUGCUUCUGAGAAGGUAGGUGCUGUGGCCCAGGAAGAAGUGGGUCGAAGGCCUCAGUUCCAGCUCUGUGCACGCAGACAGGUUUUAGUAAUGCUGCCUUGCAGAGAAGCCAUGCGGCCACGCUGGUAG